AGAAAGAGGAAGAAUAGAGAAGAAAAGAAAAGAAAGCCGUAGAGUAGCUACCCGCUACCGCUAAAUUUUCCCGGAAUCUCUGGUGUUCUCUUCGUGGGAGAGCGUAAAAAGUUUUCUUUUUUUUUCUUUUCUCUUGUGAGUUGCGUCAUCUGUGAGGGAUUACUUUCGGUGUAUCGACGUCGUUUUUUCUCUUCAAUCUGCAGCCGACUUUCUGGCUUGGUCGGCGUGCAUCUCCAUUUCCAGCUUCUUUCCUUUCCAUUUUCUUUAAUCCGAAAUAAACAAUGUGAUAUUGCGUCCCCAAUUGGUUGGAAAAUUCAACCUCUUUGGUGGGCCUUUUGUUUCUCCUUGAAUCUCAAAUUACAAAUAAAAUCUGCUUCUGGGUUUUGUUGUUUUCUUUCUUCUCCGAAUUGGGAUCCAUUUGAAGCUGCUUUGCAUCUGGAAUUUGCGCUGAUUUCUGGGGUUUCUCUCCUCUCCUCUCCACAAUUUUCUGACUUUUGAUACUUUGUGGUUGAUGCUUGAUUGAGUUUCCUUUUGGACUGCUUCAGAGGAUUGAAGUCUUUGCACUAGAGACAGUUAUCUCAUCCUAUAAACUCGGUUUUGUUGGGACAUUGGCCAUAAUGGAAACUUCAUCUGUUGAAGUGUGUACUGAAAGAAUUUUUCUUACAUCUUUGCUAUCUGCUCUUUCUGAAUGGCUGCUGAUUAUCAUGCUAUUUUUUGAUUCCAUAUUCUCAUUCUUCAUCACGAAAUGUGCUCAUUUAUGGAAACUGCGCACCCCGUGUCUGCUAUGUUCGAGACUCGAUCAUGUUUUUGGCUCUGAGAAAAGAGGUUUCAUCUGGAAACUAAUUUGUGGCAAUCAUAAGAAGGAAAUUUCAUCCUUGGUUCUUUGUCAUGCUCACAACAAACUUGUAAAUGUUCAUGAAAUGUGCGAAAGCUGCCUCUUCUCAUUUGCAACAAUCAAUAAGUCGAACGCCGAGACUUACAGAUUAUUGGUUGGUAAAUUGGGGGAGGAUCCUUAUCCUGGUAUUGACAGAGAUCCAUUGCUUGGGGAUCGAGAGCUUGAUACAUCGAGCCAAAGAUAUUGUUCAUGUUGUAAUGAGCCAUGUGUUUCUUCAAGAGGGUUGGUUCAAACAUUAAUCCAAACCAGAUCAAGUGGAUUAGAGGCUGAAGAUCUCAAUGAUCCCUUGUCGAGAUCUGUUGUCCAAUAUGAGGACGUUAGCCAAGAGUCUCCAAGCAAUCAACCGAUGUUGUUUGGACCUUCUCAUCCAAAUGAAACCAAAGGAGACAAUUCUUUACCUCAUGUUCAGUACAGUGGGCUGAAGAUCACUUCUGAUACCGAGUCUGAUGGAAAUGGAAUCACUCUGGAGGCUGAACAUAUGGAGCCUAACUUAAUUUCUCUGGCCAGUGAUUUAACCUCGACGAAACUCAUAGAGCCAGCUUCGGCCCCAGAACCGUUGGUCUUAGAGCCACCGGUCCUAAUAGGUGAUGCACUGCCUCCUAUAGAAUGUGGAGUUUCGCUUGGGCAUGGCUUGGAUGAAUUGACUCCGAAGCAAGCAAAAGCUAAUGGCAGUUUCUCUUCACAAACUGAUCUUCUUUCCCUGGACAACACAAUUCCUCCUUCCAACACAAUGGCAAACUCUGUUGAAGUUUUGGAAGAAAGCUAUGUCGCGAGAAGUGAAGAAUAUGAGACGGAGUGCGGGGAAACUGAGAAGGCGGGGAUUUUGGCAAUAAAAACAACAUCUGAAGCAGGUUCAGAAGCCCAACCUGUUACAAGUGAUGGUGCUCAGGUGGCACCCAACAUAUUGGAGCUUGGUGAUGCUUAUAAGCUAGCUGUAGGCACUAGAGGAGUAAGACAAUUGUCUGGCAAGCUCUCGGAACAAUGGAUCGGGAAGGAUUCUUCGAGAGUUAGUGAAGACUUGAAGCUUCUCUUCUCACAACUCUCGUUCAACCGGAUGAAUGACCAAUCAAGGGACAUGAGUCCAAGGCUGUCGAUAAAUGGUGAUGAACCGAGGAAUUUUGAUGUGUCAAGUGCAGUUGGGAUGCAGAUACUACAGAGGAGGGUUACGCUUGAAAGAAACGAGUCCGGUUUAGAAUCUCUUGAUGGAAGCAUUGUGAGUGAAAUCGAAGGUGAGAACAUGGUUGAUCGGUUAAAACGGCAGGUCGAUCACGAUAAGAGGCUCAUGAGUUGUUUAUACAAGGAAUUGGAGGAGGAAAGAAAUGCAUCUGCAAUAGCUGCAAAUCAGGCAAUGGCCAUGAUUACCAGGCUUCAAGAAGAGAAGGCAAAUCUUCACAUGGAGGCCUUACAGUGUCUAAGAAUGAUGGAAGAGCAAAGUGAGUAUGAUGACGAUGCACUGCAGAAGGCAAAUGAUCUCAUUAAUGAGAAGGACAAAGAGAUACAAGAUCUGGAAGCAGAACUCGAAUAUUAUCGGAUUAAAUUUCCUAAUGAAUUCACCAUAGAUAAUUUGGUGGCGACUUCUAAUGUGAAGGAAAGAGAUAUUGGGGUGGUUCAUUUAGAAUCUAAUCAGAUUGGAGCAAUACCUGAGAUUCAUGAUAAAGUUGGAAGUGAAGGCGGUACAUAUAACAGUUUAUUGUUGGAGUUUGAAGAUGAGAAGUUAGACAUUAUGCAAUAUCUGAUGAAGCUGGAGAAUAUGCUUCAUACGUUUUCAAAUAACGAAGUAUCGAUGAAUUUCGGCAAUGGCGAAUAUUUUGGAAACAAAGGAAAUCUUUCAAGUGGGGCAGAUGACCUUGAUUUCGACAAAGAAGGUAGUGAACUUGAUUGUAGUGAUAGGAAUUCCCUGUCGUCUCUAGGAAACGAGAUCUCCAAUCUUAACAAGAGGAUGGAAGCACUAGAAUCUGACAAGAAUUUUCUCGAGCACUCUAUUAAUUCGCUACGAAAAGGAGAGGAGGGCCUUCAGUUUGUUCAAGAGAUCGCUUCCCAUUUGCGAGAGCUACGUAAAAUUGGGAUAAGAAGUUGAAGGAUGGCCUGUUGAUAUGCUUCAAAGAAACUAAUUAAAAUUACAUCCAGAGGAGAAAGACGUCGUCGUUUACCGAGCAAGAUCUUCGGUCAACUGUACGGUUUCAAUAGCUUGUUUUCUCCAAAGAUAUGAAGAAUACAAAGGAUUUGAAAGUAAACAGUGAGACUUAUUAUUUUGGUGUAGCAACUACCACUUUUAGGAUUUUAACUCUUACCCUACCUAUUGUGAUAAUUCUUCUGUAUUCCUUUUUUGCAUCUCUCUUAUUUUUGUUUUCCAUUUUUGGAGUGGAUUGAGUGAAAAUUUUAUGUAAAAAGGAGUUGGUUGUGUGAAUAUUGUAACAGUUGUAUGAUAUUCAUUGUGAUCUCUAUGAUAAAUGAAAAGCCUUUUCACUCUC